AUGGCGACCGCCGACGAGCGCGAGCUCCAGAUCAACCCCAUCGUCGCGACCAGCCUGCAGCACAACACACAGGUCACUUCCAACAUCCGCAACCUGACCGCCUCUCUUUUUGGCGUUGCCGCCGGUACCCUUGGCCUCGAAUCCUAUCCGGGCUUCGUCUUCUACCUCGUCGCCUCGCUCGCCGUCUCCGUGCUGUUGUUUGCCCUCAAGGCCGAGGGCCAGCCGGGGAAGUACUACUACAAGCCGCUGGGAGACAUGUGGCUGGGCGAUGUGUUUGGGGGCUUGAGCGGCUUCGUGCUCACCUGGACGCUGUUCUACGGGCUGCUGAGAGCCUGA